UGCCAUCAAUGGGGAAAAUUAUUCCUUCACCUCAGCCAUUAGGCUGUUGUUUAUUGCUAAUCCUUCUAAUUUUCUCUUUUUCUUUUAACACAUUUGCAUUAACGGAUGAGGAGUCCAAAUUCCUCAUCCGUCGUCAACUUCAUACCCUUAAUGAAAAUGGACAUGAUCUAUCUGAUGAUUACGAUCUAAAAAUAAAUGUCCCAUUUACCUUCCCAAAUGUUCGGCUUAGAAAAGCCUUUAUUGCUUUACAAGCAUGGAAAAUGGCUAUCUACUCGGACCCUAAUAACGCUAUGGAGAAUUGGGUCGGACCAAAUGUAUGCGACUAUAAGGGUGUUUUUUGUUCACCGGCUCUGGACAAUGAGAAGGUGACUGUGGUAUCUGGAAUCGACCUUAACCAUGAGGAUAUUGCCGGUUACCUUCCUGUUGAGUUGGGGCUCCUUGCAGAUUUAGCUCUUUUUCAUAUUAACUCUAAUAGGUUUUGUGGAAUUAUUCCCAAGAGCUUCUCAAAAAUGAAACUUCUAUAUGAGCUUGAUGUAAGUAACAACCGUUUUGUAGGACGUUUCCCUGAGGUUGUCCUUGGGUUGAAAACAUUGAAGUAUCUUGAUCUACGAUUCAAUAACUUUGAGGGAUGUUUACCUCCAGAUGUUUUUAAUAGACCUUUUGAUGCAUUGUUGUUAAAUGACAAUAGAUUCAAGUGUGAUAUACCUGAGACUAUAGGAAAUGCAACGGUAUCUCUUAUGGUGUUAGCUAACAACAAGUUCACAGGGUGCAUUCCUAAAGCUAUUGGUAACAUGGCAGGUAAAGUAGAGGAGAUCAUUUUUAGGGGGAACAAAUUAGGUGGUUGUGUGCCAUCUGAAAUGAGUUUGCUAGGUAAUGUUACCGUUCUAGAUAUAUCUAAAAAUAAUUUUGUUGGCCAACUUCCGAGUUCCUUUCCAAAUUUGGGAAUGAUUCAAUCCUUAGACUUGUCUAGCAACAAAUUUACUGGGGUAAUACCUAAUGAGCUCUGUAAAUUGCCCGCAUUGAGUAGUUUUGAUUUCUCUAGUAAUUAUUUUAAAGGAGAGGCUAAAUCUUGUGAUUCUAACAUAAGAAAAGAGGUUGAGUUUGUAGAUGAUAAGAAUUGUUUACCUAAUAGGCCUAACCAACGAUCACCUAAAGAAUGUUUUCAGAUGUUAUCAGUUACUGUUGAUUGUGAGAAGGCUAAAUGUGAUGGAGGAGGAAGUGGUGGUGGUGGAGAUGAUCAUGAUGAAGAACCUGAGUCACCUGAUCAUGAUGAUCAUCAUGAUGAACCUAAACAACCACCUGCAGUUAAACCUUCACCUUCACCAGAAGAUGAUCAUGGAAGACUUCCUGUAAAACCAUCACCAGAAUCCCCAACAGUAAAAUCUCCACCUCCACCGGAAGAUGAAGGUUCUAGAUUACCAGUUAGACCACCAGAAACCAAACCACCUCCAUCUCCAGUAUACCCACCACCGCCACAAGUUCACUCUUCUCCACCAUGUACGCCAUCACCACCACCACCAUCACUAGUAUAUCCACCACCAUCACCAGUAAGCUCACCACCGCCACCUGUCUACUCACCACCGCCACCUGUCCACUCACCACCACCACCUGUCCACUCACCACCACCACCAGUUUACCCACCGCCACCACCACCAUUACAUUCCCCACCUCCAUCGUCACCUCCUCCACCAGUUUUUUCUCCACCACCGCCUGUCAGGUCACCACCACCACCAGUCUAUUCACCACCUCCUCCAACUCCUUCUCCACCUCCUCCACCGAAUUAUCCUGACGUUAAUCUUCCUCCAAACUUAGGAUUUCAAUAUUCUUCACCUCCACCACCCAUAUUUCCCGGAUAUUAAUUAAUUGGUCACUUCUUUAUUUGAUUAUGGGAAUUUUUUCAUUAGUUUUUAUUUAAAUUACGUACUCUUCUUUUAUUGUAACUUAAAAGUAAAAAAAUGUUCAAUGAGCCAAAUUCUUGUAUUAUUGAUGUUUAUUUUGUUAAGAUAAAUAUUGUAUUUUCAAUGAAUUUUCUGGCUGCAUUUAUUUCUUGUGUAUAAUGUACUCAUUCUGCACAUCCAGGGUAUUACUAAGUACAAUAAUUAA